AUGUCAGAGAUAUAUGCAUGGGUUCGAUUAAAAGGUUUAUUUCUGGAACAGGAGCUGGAAAAAAAUAAGACUUAUAAGCCCAAAAGUUAUAAAAUCAAGAGCAAAAUAUAUCCAAUCACUUUGAGACAGUAUUUUGGCGACUUGCAUUGCAAAAGAACAUACUCUGGGUCAUUGUUGAGAUGCAAGAAUAAUAAAACAAAUUGCAAAUGUAUUAAAAAGGCGUUAUCCGGAACAGGAGUUUCUACGGCAUGCCUAUACGGAGAUGAAUUGACAGACUGUAGAGGAGCAAGCUUUGAGAACAGGGAAUACACACUAGAGUCAAUUGAAAUAUUCAAUGAUAAUAAUAUAUGUCGAGCUGAUGAUUCAUGGAAAUAUGAAGAAAGAACAAUAACGGAAGCCAAAAAUAUUAAUCUAAAUGAUAGUAACAUAGACCCUUACAUUGAUAAAAAGGUUAGGUUAGGGGACACCAGGGUUACGAACAUACUGAAUACCUUUAAUGUUAACCCAGUGAGGUACAUUCAUUCUGACCUUUACUACUACAAUAAAACAACAAAGAGGAACAUAAAUGACACACCGGCACAAAAUUUUACUGAUGAAAAAUGCUGGUACUUCAAGACUUUUGAAAAGAGACAUGGAGUGGAUAUCUCAUCGUCGCAAUGCGUAGGAGAGCUGGAGUCAUGUAACUUAAAGGAUGAGUAUAAGCUGUGUAAAUUUGUAAAAACGAGGUACUAUAGAUACAAGAAUGAGGCGUUUGAGAUGAAUUUUGAAGAUUUCAACCUGUCAAACGUAUAUUCGGUCUAUUUAGAGGAAGAAGGUAGGAAAUGUGGACAGGCUGCAAAUGAGCAUCCUGAAAUAGAGAAGGUGAAAUUCCUGCAAGUUACUAUCCUGAAGGAAAUAACGUUGACUCCAAGAAGGGUGUUUCAUUUGGGCCCAUUUGGGCCGUACACCGAAACAAAGAAACUCAAAAUAUGUGCUUGCUCCAGUUACACAAAGACAAACAAAAUAUACUCGUGUGUCAGAAAGAGUGACUAUGACAUAGAAAUCGGAGAAGUGGUAAUAAGAGGUAAAAAAACUGUUAGUUUUCAAGAUUCUGACUCCGGUAAACCUAUAAACGUCAGUGUACAGGAUCAAAUAGCAUUUAUGGUCGAAUCUUGGGUCAUAGAUGAAGAUUGCACAAAACUUUUUGAUCUCUACAAGGUGGAUUGGAAUGAUUAUACAGUUGAAGAUCUCCCGAGUUUAUCGAAGUACUUUGUUAUGGGAGAGAACAGCGAGGAUAAUAGAACAGUAACAUUUAGAGGAGACGUAGCAGGAAAGUUUUGCGUAUGUUUGGUAGGAAAGAAUGAUGCAAUGAUAGAAACGAGUGAACAGGGAUAUAGAGUAAAGGGAGUUAAAAACAACAUUGACGCUAUCGCAUAUAAGGACUCGAAGGGCAAAAGAAUUGUAGAUGGGAUUUUAGUAGAGACAGUAGGAAUUGAAGCAGAAUACAUAGAGUCUAUAUUCGUAGUAGACUCCAAAAAGUCAUGCGAUGGUGAGUCGGUCGGUGAGUGGAGUGGAAGGAAGUAUAGAUAUAAUACACUGAGUGCAUCACACGAACAAAAGUAUCUGAUAUACGACGAGUUUAGAUUUUUAAAAGAGGACGCAGUACUGGAUGAAAAUUUGAUCUGUGUAAAAUACACAAAUUUAGAAGGUAAAUACGCAGUGGGACUACUAUCGGAAAGGGAAUAUAAGGAUUAUAGAAUACACACGCUUAAUAAGCCAGUAGACAUAGACCAAGUGCAACCGGACGAUAUGUACAUAUUCUACGCUACCAAUAAUUUGGAAAAGUUCGAAUCAUGGCGUGAACAGUUUAAGAGGUUAAAUGAGAGGAGGAGAGUUGGUUCCCAUCAAGUAGGAGACUUAAAUUCCAAUGAGGGAUUUGUUGACAAGUACUUUAAAAAGAUGGUACACUUUGAGGUCUACAAGGGCAAAAAUAGAAUAAGCAUGAGUGUUGCAAAUGAGGAGGAAACAUUGUUACUGCCGAUUUACGAUGUGACAAUAGACUCACCCUCAAAGAUGAGGAUGGUAGUAACGUCAAAAAAGGUGUACUGGUACGUUCUGAUGGACUCGAAGAGGUUGCUAGUGAGGUACGACGUGGACAACAUAGUGGAAAGGUAUGAGCUGAGAAGAGACGUAGUAUUCAAUGACAUAAUAUUGUACCACCCAAUGGACUUUGAGGUUCUUCAGCAGGAGGACCUCGUAAAGAUAGUGCUGAUCGACUCCUCGAGUUCGUGCAUAGUGAUGUUGGACUCUGAGCUGAGGCACAUAAAGUCGAUUUGCAACAACAUAGAAAACACGGCUCUUGUGAACCCAUUAUCAAUAACGUGCUCAGCGAGUCAGAAGGGCUCUAAGAUAUUUAAUUGCUUUGUAGUAGAGAACACAACGGACAUGAUAAUAUGGCUGUCAGUGGACAUAGGGAAGGAGGAACUGAGUUACGUGUCUAACUAUCUGACAGGCACAGUGGCAGAUGAUUUGGAUCCACAUUUGGGAUCAAUAUCGUCAGUAGAGUCCUACGUGUACAACGACUCUAAGAUAGAUACAACACUGUUGUUCAUAAUAAGGGAAAAUCCGGAGUUCUGGGCGAUUCUCCUACCUGACGUUGCCACUAAAAAAAUACACUUUGUGACCACGCUGAGUAAUCUUCCAGGAUAUAGUAGAGUUAAAAGGAUAUGUCCAACAUACAAUGGACCUACUGAACACAAAUUGAUGAUAAUAAGGGAGCAUUACAUAAACUACCCUCUGAAAAAAGGAAACGAUAUACAAGACAUAUUUGAAAGAGUGAGAGACGAAGACAAUAUAAAAUGGGUGCUGACAUGGGCUCCCCUAGAGUCAAUACUACAGAUCCCAGACUUCAGCUAUAACAUACCUGAAAACAUAGUGUACAAGGAUUCGCUAAGGUUGGCUCCACAGUUCAUGGAAUAUGAACGUUUCAAAAAGAUGAUAACGUAUCACAUAGGAAACUAUGAGGACCUGAAUGGAUAUGUGAAAAAUACGUUUGCAAUUGAUAGGUUGACUGGAGAGCUGAGCAUAACAGUGAACGAGAUUAAGGUCAGAAGGCUAAAGCUGACCAUAGUAGCAAGUAUCCUGGCAGUUGAGGACAAAAUAGAUUUAGACAUAAAUUUCAGCUGCAGAGAUGGAGAAUACUAUGACGGAAGCUCUUGUCUACAGUGCCCAGUGGGUUAUUACUACUCUGUGUCGAUGAACCCGAGAGAUGGAAGUGAUUGGCCAAAGUGUACCAAGUGUCCAGAAAACAAGAUUACAAGGAGGGAGGGCUCUAGCUCUUUGGAAGAUUGUACUUGUGACAAGGGUUCGACAGUUGUAAUAGACCCUGUAACAUCUUUAGAAAUAUGUGAACCAUGCCCACCAGGAACAUACAAGUCGACGGUGGGUUCAGAACCAUGUAUUGGAUCAUGUUACAAAAACUCUGAAACGAAAGUUAUAGGGAGCAAGAGUGAAGAGGAACGAAGAUGCGAAUGUUUGCCGGGAUACUAUUGGGGAGGACACGAUCAAGGCAUAAACGAAUGCGUUGAAUGUGAAAAGGGGUACUUCUGCCUCGGCGGAUUCAAGUCAAAUAGAAACAAAUGCCCAGAGAACAUGACCUCUCAACCAGGAUCAAACGACCAGGAUAAAUGUGUGUGUAUGAUGGGAUGUGAACCGGUACUAGAGGGAUCUCAAGUUUCACUAAUCCAAAAGGAACAAGGAUUUAGAAGUCAAUCUGAUACAUUAAAAUGUAAACCGUGUCCAAAAAAUAAAUACAAAGAUACAGAAUCAAACGAUAGUUGCACUGAAUGUCCAAUAAACUCAUACACUGGAGAAAAUGGUAGCCAAAAGAAAUCAGACUGCAGUAAAUGUAAUCCUGGAUAUUAUGAAACAGGCCUAGAGGAUGAGCCAUGUAGAAAAUGCAGAGAAAAUAUGUACUGCGUGGGAUCAAACGCUAAGGAAAGAGUAAACAAAAAGUAUGAAGGAAAGAUGGAAAGGUGUCCAGAGAAUUCUAAGAGUACAUACUUUGAUGUGAUAACUCAACAUUGUACGAUAUGUCCUAUUGGCAAAUACUGUAUGGGUGGAAAGGAUGAUCAGAUGAAUCAUAGACAACCAAUGGAUUGUGCAGAUAGUAAUGCUUUAACAAAGACUACUGGUGCAUCAUCGAUAUCAGAGUGUGCUUGUAAGCCAGGAUACUAUAUGGAUAAAGAUUCAAACAACAUAUGUAAGGAGUGUCCAGAAAAUCAUUACAAAUCAUAUGUAUCAAAUGAUUUAUGUACAAAGUGUGAUGAGAAUUCAUCAACAAGUGGGAAGAAGGGUUCCACAUCAAAGGAACAAUGUGUGUGUGAUCCUGGUUAUUAUUUUGACAAUGGAUGUGUAUCAUGUAACUUCAAUGAUAGAUAUUGUCCAGGUGGUGUAAUAGAAAUAAAAGAUAAUAAAGGAGCAAUUAAAAUAGUAACACAAACACCAAUAAAAUGUCCUCCGAAUACUGAGAUUACACCAGGAGUUGAUAAUGCUAGUUCAAUUAAAUUUUGUAAGUGUAAAAAGGGGUACUCAUUUGUAUCUGAAGACGAUGUCAUGAACACGAAGAAAUGUGCUCCAUGUUCACCAGGUACAUACAAAAGCUCAGUCAUGGACUCAAGUUGUAAUGGUCUAUGUACUCAGAAUGCUACCAGUCUGAAUGGUGCAGUGAGUUCUAAUCAAUGUUUCUGUAGAUCCGGUUAUUACUAUCUUGAAGGUGGUGUCUGUAGUAAUAACUCAAAUACUCCUGGUUCAUGUCUCGGUAAUGAUAAAUGUUCAUCUUCUAUGGAACAUUAUUUAUGUAGUGAAUGUAAGAUGGGUUAUACGAACAAUUUUGUUAAAGGAGUUUUGUGUCAACAGUGUCCAAAUAUGUUUAUAAACAUAUCAUUAACAAUGAUUUAUGGACUUGGAUUGUUAUUAAUUAACAUUGUUAUGGCUUGUCUUAAUAUAAGUGCAGGUUUUAAUCGUAGAUCUAUACAUUCGGUUGUUAUUAAGAUUGCGCUGAACUAUGCAAUAUGUACAUCAGUCAUUAAUGUUAUUAAUUUUGCUGAACUUAAAAUACCAAUGGGCCUAAGUAGAAUAACAAAUUCAUUUACAAAAGUAUUUGAUUCAGAAGAUGUUGUUUAUUACACAUCGAUCGAUUGUCUGAUUCGUAAGUUUUUGAAAGUGAACCAUGCUGAUUCACUGUUCUAUGUCACAUUGAAAUAUAAUGACACUAGAACAAAGCUAGCUCUGUUACAACAAGCUGAAAUUCAGGGUAUGCAUAAAAUAUCAGAAAAAUUAAGAGAACAAUAUGAGAACGAAAGAUUGUUAAUGAUAUUCAGAUAUAUUCCACUACCUAAUCAGACAAUAUGGCUCAAGUUUAGAAACUUUAUAGAAGAUAUGAUUCCGAUUUAUGUGACUGUACUUUUCUCAGUACAUGGAAAGAUAACAAGUAGGAUGUUAAGUCUAUUGGAUUGUAGUUACAUUGACCUAGGACGUUCAUUUCCUGGCAAAUAUAUGUUGAGACCUGCAAUGAGUAUUAAAUGUUCAUUAUAUCCAUCCGAUGGUUAUAUCAAAUAUUUAAUAUUAGGUUUGAGUGGACUAGUUAUUUGGGGAUUUGGUAUACCAUUCCUUUCGUUCACUGUGUUAUACACUAAUCGCAAAAACUUAUAUGCUACCAGCAUUAGAAUGAAAUAUGGUUUUUUACACAAUGGAUUCAGACAAGAUUACUGGUAUUGGGAAACUAUUGUUUUUACCAGAAAGUGUUUAGUUCUUGUAAUUGGUAGCAUUGUUAUAGUACCAUCUCAGAACUACAGUGGAUCAAGAAUAUGGAUGGCAUUAGUUGUAGCAAUCAUAUUUUUAAUUGUACAACUAAUAUACAAACCCUUCGACGAAAGAGACUAUUUCGUACUAGGAAGACUUGAGAACCAUAGUAUGAUAGCCUGGACAUUUACACUCAUACUCUUCUCAAUCAUCAUCGAAUCAAAUUUUAGUCCUAUAGUCAACUUUUUUCUUUUUACGGUUAUCGUCAUCCUUAACGUUUUAUUUGUACUGGAGGUUUUAUUUUUCUUUAUAAUCUCUUUCUAUUCUAAUGCAAUAUUUCUGAUCAACGAACACUUUUCUAAAGCCAAUUUCACAUACAUCAAGGCCUCUCACAUCCUCUAUUCAAAUCAGCCAUUUGUAUCAUAUGACCAAACAAAUGAAGUCAUAACACUUAAGCCCAAAACCAAAAGAUUGAGAUUAACCAAAUCUGAUAAGAACCUUACGUAUGACCACUUGAACUAUUUGGUGAACUCAAUCAGUAAUUUAUAUACCAUUGCGGUUCAUGAAAUAAAGCUAGAUGUUAUCCCUUCAAUGCUUAUAGAGUUUUUAAUAAGGUAUUCAAUUUCAAUGGCAAACGUAGAAAACAAAAUAUUGGAAAAGUGUUUGUUUAAUGAGUUCUCAGGGGGGAAUUUGUCUAAACUAAUUGUUCACGUGACUACGGACAACUAUAACAACCUAAACAAAUUUAUUAACCUUAAGAAGUAUAAGAAGGAUAACCCAUCCGAUCAUUACAUAAACGCAAUAGUUAACUCAUUAUUCGAUGACGACAUUUUAAUAAAUGACUUAUUCCUCUCAGACCUGUUCAGGUCGAUUGAGAAGUUGGCCAAUCUAGACAAAAAAGCACUAAGCCUCCUAUAUGCUCUUUUUAAACACUUUAAAUUCUACUUUGAGAGAAAGGAAAGUCAGGAGAUGGAAGAGAAACUUAACAACUUGAAUAAAAUUAAAAGUGAAUUGCAAAUGAGGAGAAUAGAUGGGAGUCAUGGAGAAGAGCUGAAACGUUCAGUUGAUAAACUCAUGGAUGAGGUAAAUGUUCUGAAGGUUAAAAAGGUUGAGUACAUAGAACAACUAAAGGAGCUUGAUGCUAUGGAGUUCAAAUUUAAAAAAGAACACGACAACAUCCUGUUAAACGUUAACAAGGAAGGAGCCAUGAAUGAUAAUAGUGAGAGUAGGUUCGGGGACAUGAUCCAGGACCUGGGAUUUGAAUCGCAUGAGCGCUCGGAGUUCAUUACCGAGGUGAACCCGGAUGACUUUGAAUGA